AUGUCGAUUCUUGUGAUCAAAUCGGUAUUGCUCGCAAUUAUGACAAUUGUCUGUAUGGUAUUUGGAUUACUUCCAAUCAAAGUAAGUAGUUUUGAAAUUGAAUUUUUCUAAAUUAGGGACUCAAUUUCAGAUGCUGAAAGUCUUGAAUGACCCAAAUAUUUCAAUAUUUCAUGGAAAAUCAUCUUUAAUUAUAUCACUUCUCUCAUGUUUUGCUGGUGGUGUUUUUCUUUCAGUUUGUUUUCUUGAUAUGCUUCCUGAUGCUCUUUCAUCUUGGCAAUCUGUACAAACUCAAUGGGGUGUUGAAUAUGAUUAUCCAUUUGUUUUAUUAAUUACACUCACUUCAUUUUUCCUAGUUUAUAUUUUUGAAGAUGUUUCUGCAUUAUGUUGUGAGAUUGAACAUAAUGAUGAGAAGUAAGUUCAAAAAGUUUUGUUUGAAAGCUAUAAGUGUUAUUUAGUGAUGCAUAUGUUUCCAAAUCGCGUGCUCGUUUUGCAACUGUCGGCUCACUUUUCAAUAUGGAUGGAACUAUUGUAAAACCAAGAUCUGAUUCCAUUAUUUCUGAAAAAGAUGCACCAGUUGUCAAAUCAAUUGUUUUUAUCGCAGCAUUUUUGCUUCACGUCUUUCUCGAAUCUUUUGCUUUUGGAGUUCAAGAAAAUCUUCGAUCCACAACAUCUCUUUUUAUUGGAAUCAUUGUUCAUAAAGCGAUUGUUAUGUUCAGUAUUGGUAUGAAGUUAACCAGGUUAGAAAACUAUUAUUUAAUUAUUUGGGUUACUGUAUUUUUAUUUCAGAAAUCAUCCUCGCCGUUGGUGGAUUGUUGUUAUGUUGAUUUCUUCAAUUGCUUUGUGUAAUGCCACAGGUGGAAUUAUUGGAAUUGUUAUUGAAAGUUCGAAUAUGAAUCUCAUUGCGAAAGAUCUAUGUACUUCAAUUUUGAUGAGUGUUUCACUUGGAACAUUUUUAUUUAUCUCAUUUUUUGAAAUGCUUGGCCCAGAAAGAAUUAAUCAACAUUCAAAUAUUCUUCAAUGGAUAUCUGCUGUUCUUGGUUUUGCAUUAAUCGCCGGAAUAAUGGCUAUCUAA